UGCUAUGACUUCAGUGUUUUCCGAGGCUUCGUGGUUGAGGCGCGGUACAUCGGGCAAUCACGUCUCCCAUUACAAAAAAGCAAACUCCAACGCGUCCUUAUCAAUCAGGAUCGCAUUUGUGCUCUCUAUUGAUACCUUCGGCAUAUAUGAGCACAAGAUAUUGAAGAUCAACUUCUCCUUCAUAGGACCGUUUGCUUGACAGUUACAGUCAAUUUAUUCAACAAGCAAUUGAGCUGAAUUGCUCUACUUCGUACCCAAGGUAGGACUCGAAUCAUUUCACCAUACUUGCGACGGCGAAGCUACAUCUUGAUACUGGAAUCCAAAUGGAAUAUCGCUCUCGAAAUCCGAAUAGUUUCUUGGCGGACGCUACUUCAUUCUUCGGAUUCGAACUGAAUAUUCAAAAUACGGUGUGCAAUUGCUUCAUGACAUCGAAACUAAUUAUUCGGAUCCUUUAGACAAACUAUGACAAGAGAGUAGCAAUCUACAGCACACAAAUAUUUUUAUCGUGAAGGAAACCUGAAGCCAUGUCUUCUUCGCAACCCUUCAUGCAGUCCUCCCCUCUUCAGGCCUCACCGUCGCGCCGCAAGAAGAGUCGGUUUACAUAUAGACAGCUUGCACAGUUAGCUGUUUCUGCUACAUCAUGCCCUCUGAGAGUGAUCGCACAUCUUGACCUUGAUGCAUUUUAUGCACAGGUUGAGAUGGUAAGGUUAGGAAUUGGGGAGGAAAAACCGUUAGCGGUGCAACAAUGGUAAGGAUUCUUUCUUUCAUAAUGGUCAGCAGUUAUGUAUUUUAGUAAAGCUAAUACACGGGUUCAAUACAGGCAAGGGCUCAUAGCUAUCAAUUAUCCAGCGAGGGCAUUCGGUCUCAAUCGCCACAUAACUAUCACGGACGCCAAAAGGCUCUGUCCGGAUCUCAUAUGUCAACAUGUUGCGACCUGGCGUGAAGGUGAUGAGAAGUGGGCCUACCAUGACGAUGCGUUUAAGAACAUUGCUACACAUAAGGUCUCUUUGGAUCCUUACAGACUCGAAUCAAGACGUAUACUAGCUUGUAUAAAAGAUUGUCUUCCCAAAGAUCUGCAGAGGGUUGAGAAAGCUAGUGUAGAUGAGGUUUUCAUGGAUCUCUCCUCCCAAGUUCAUGCGAUCCUUUUGGAAAGAUAUCCAGAGCUGCAAAGCCCCUCUCCUUAUGAUGAUUUGACGGAGCAACUGCCUUUACCUCCCACGACUGUUCUUGACUGGAAAGCGGAUGCACUGGUAGAUCUAGAUACAGAUGAAACAGAAACUGAUGAUCCUGAUUGGGAUGAUAUAGCAAUGCUUAUUGGCUCCGAGAUCGUACGAACAGUCCGGGCCGCAAUACGUGAGAAACUCAAAUAUACUUGUUCUGCCGGCAUUGCCCAAAACAAAAUGCUUUCCAAACUGGGUUCCGCACAUAAGAAGCCAAAUCAACAGACAGUCAUUCGAAAUCGGGCUGUUCAGCAAUUUCUAUCAGGCUUCAAAUUUACAAAGAUUAGAAAUCUUGGAGGUAAGACAGGCGAGGAAGUUGUCAAACUAUUUAAUACAGAUAUGGUCAACGAUCUUUUGCUUGUUCCCAUGGAGCAUUUGAAGCAGCAAUUAGGAGAAGAAACCGGGACAUGGGUCCACAAUGUUAUUCGUGGAAAUGACACGAGUGAUGUCAACUCACGAACUCAAAUAAAGUCAAUGUUAUCUGCAAAAUCAUUCCGGCCUAGCAUCAACACCCCCGAGCAGGCUAACAGGUGGCUCCGCAUUUUCGCGGCGGAUAUACAUUCCCGUUUAGUGGAAGAGGGAGUUCUAGAGAACAAGAGACGACCCAAGACAAUCAAUUUGCAUCACAGACAUGGUGCCCAAACCAAAUCGCGACAAGCACCCAUACCGCAAGGAAAGAAGAUGAAUGAGACGCUCCUUUUCGAACUAGCCAAGACCCUUCUAAACCAAAUCAUGCUUGAUGGAAGAGUAUGGCCAUGUUCAAAUUUGAGUCUAAGUGUUGGGGGUUUUGAGGAUGGGGUGAGCGGUAAUAUGGGUAUUGGGGCGUUUUUAGUCAAAGGAGACGAAGCCAAAACUAUGAAGAAGGCAGUUUUGCGAGACGCGACCGCCAUUUUAUCUGCGGAGAGAUCCGAAAAGAGACGACGUGCAGGAGAUGCAGGAAUCCAAAAAUUCUUUGUCAGGACAGAUAGUGUUGAGGAGUACGACGAUGAUUUCGGCGGUGAGCAGAGUUUACCCGGAUCACGCAUGAUCUGUGAGGAAAAGGGGCCUUCGUCCCCCACCGUAGAUUUCAAGGCCGCACUUUCACCCCAGGGCGAUGAGACGAGCAGAGAGUCAGAAGUAUCAAUCGGCCUCUCGGCCUUAAAACAACCACAGAUCACAGAGUUUUUAUGCAGCCGCUGCAAUCAGGCUCUGGAUUGCGCGGAGGUAUUUCAGAGCCAUCAAGAUUGGCAUUUUGCCAAAGAUCUCCAGGACGAGGAUCGUUUGAGGCGUACAUCACCAGCUCCUGCCACUUCCUCCGGCAACAAAAGGGGUGUCGCGUCAAAGAACCGAGGCAAUGGUCGUGGAGGCCGACCGGAGAAAGGUCAAAGUAAAUUGACAUUUGGAUGAUUAAAAAAAUGAAAUUAUUCUCACCGACAGCGCUCUCAUCCUAUCCUGAUGUGCCACACGAUACUUUUCAUCUUGCAGGCUGUCGCCGAAAUUUAAUAGUCGUGCUGAUGGGCCGACCUUACGGACCCCGAAAGACGGCCAGUUUAUGGGCGAACCAUGUUCCGAUACAUUGUGCGACUGGAGCAAUUUGCUCACCUAGAUUGCUCACCCUUGAAUGCAACAUGUUGUCCGGAAGUACAAAUACAAUCUUUGCGGUACAAGUAUCGUUUGACAGUGGAAUAUGCAGAAUCUUCUUUUUGUUCUGUCGAAGGUACGAGUAACGCAACAAUGAUCACUACUGCAAUAUAAUUCCUUCUAGAGGUUCAGCUGGAGCCAGUCACCCGGCCGUGACUUUCGCCCUACAAAUGAUAGGCAGGUUUGCCAUGGAUCCAGACUUCAUAUUUUGCAAGCGACUCUCGUACUUGGAUCUUCAGGAGGGUCAUGCGCGUUAUGGAAAGCAUCAAGAACAAUAGUUGUCUCACCUAGGUGUGAAGCGAUGGUUUAUGGGUGAGAGGGAGGACUAGCCCUACCACACCUCAGUCUUUCGCCUCCCGCCAGACAGUCUGAUCGGCAAGGUACAUCAUCAACUGUACAUAUACAGUAAGACGCAGAGACAUCCACAGCUUCGUGCUUUUGAGAAGAACUAAAACAACAAAAAUAUAUUGAUUGUCGGAUUAUCGGUAGGUCUACACAAUCUACAAACGCCAGCCGCAUGAGUUUGUUGUCAAUAUGCCUUAGAUUAAUCCAUGUUUAAAAGUGUAUGAUGGCUUCUCAAUGGACGCAUGAAAAU